CAGAGUCUUCUGGUUGGUUGGAGGCGGAGUCCUGAGAUUCUGUGGCUGUGUCUGACAACAUAACCACAGUGGUUCAUACGCAGGCAUUCACUUUCUUUCAUCCAUUUCCCAACGUGCAGACAGAAUGGCGAGCCGUCUUGAGCACCCGGCUGGCGGCUAUAAGAAAAUAUUUGAGACAUGUGAGGAGUUGGCUGAGCCCAUUUCUGCACAGGUCUCAGGCAAAAUCCCUACAUGGCUGACCGGCAGUCUACUCCGUAUGGGUCCUGGGCUAUUUGAGAUUGCAGAUGAACCAUUUCAUCACCUUUUUGACGGACAGGCUCUCAUGCACAAGUUUGACCUAAAGGAUGGACGUGUGACCUAUCAUCGCAGGUUUAUCAGAACUGACGCUUAUGUGCGAGCCAUGACUGAGAAGAGAAUUGUGAUCACAGAGUUUGGCACCGUUGCCUAUCCAGAUCCAUGCAAAAACAUCUUUUCUAGGUUUUUUACUUACUUUCAAGGCAUCGAGGUGACAGACAACUGCAUUGUCAACGUGUAUCCAAUCGGUGAAGAUUUUUAUGCCUGCACGGAAACCAACUACAUAACCAAAGUUGAUCCUGAUACAUUGGAAACAAUUAAAAAGGUGGACCUCUGCAAAUAUGUCUCGGUCAAUGGAGUGACUGCACACCCACAUAUUGAACAAGAUGGUACCAUUUAUAACAUUGGAAACUGUUUUGGCAAGAGCAUGUCAUUUGCUUACAGCAUAGUCAAGAUUCCUCCAGCACAGGACGAUCAAUCAGAUCCAAUUGAAAAGUCAGAGGUCUUGGUGCAGUUUCCAUGUAGUGAGAGAUUAAAACCAUCUUAUGUCCACAGCUUUGGCAUGACAGACAACUACUUUGUGUUUGUUGAGACACCAGUGAAGAUCAAUCUGUUGAAGUUUUUGACAUCUUGGAGCAUCAGAGGAACAAAUUAUAUGGACUGCUUUGAGUCAAACGAACAAAUGGGUACGUGGUUUCAUUUAGCCACAAAGAAUCCUGCAGGAUACAUUGAGCACAAAUUCAGAACAUCUGCUCUCAAUGUGUUCCAUCACAUUAACUGUUAUGAGGAUUCUGGGUUUGUUGUUGUGGACCUUUGCACUUGGAAGGGGUUUGAUUUUGUGUAUAAUUAUCUAUACUUGGCAAACCUAAAACAAAACUGGGAGGAAGUCAAAAAGGCUGCUUUAAGAGCGCCACAGCCAGAAGUGCGGAGAUACGUGCUUCCUUUGGACCUUCACAAGGAGGAGCAGGGGAAGAAUCUGGUAUCUUUACCGUAUACCACAGCCACUGCGGUCAUGUGCAGUGAUGGAACGGUUUGGCUCGAACCUGAGGUUCUUUUUUCUGCACCACAUCAGGCCUUCGAAUUUCCUCAGAUAAACUACAGAAAACACUGUGGGAAAAAUUACACCUUUGCUUAUGGACUUGGACUAAACCAUUUCAUUCCAGACCAGAUUUGCAAGUUGAAUGUGAAAAGCAAAGAAACAUGGAUAUGGCAGGAGCCAGACGCCUAUCCAUCUGAACCUCUGUUUGUGGAAAGCCCUGAUGCCAAAAAUGAAGAUGACGGUGUUCUUCUGAGUAUUGUGGUGAAGCCAGGGGUUGUCCAGAGACCGGCGUUCCUCCUCAUACUCGAUGCUGCUGACCUGACAGAAAUAGCUCGUGCAGAAGUUGAUGUCAUCAUACCCGUCACCUUACAUGGAUUAUACAAACCAUAAUGAACCAGAAAAGUUUUGUAAUAAAACAAACAGACCAUAUUAAAUAGAAGAACUGUUAAGUCAACCAGUGCACAAUAUUACAGCAUAUGGCUCUAGAUGCUAAUAAUGUACACCUUUUGAUAAUGAUUUUGAU